GUCUAUUGGUUACUCAGUAGCACCUAGUGAUUAGUUGCCCUGGGAACUAGCUUGGGGAAAGGGACUUAGAUUUCCGGGAGAUGUUUCACAGAAUCAGUGAGAACAUAGGAGGAGCUGUGUGUGUAUUGGAGUGUCUGAACACUAGGCACCUGUUGUAUUGGAUUACCUGCAGCAAGUCUCCACACAGGAGAGGCACACCAUAACCACACUACAGAUCGGGACACCCCCACCUUGUGCCCUCCUAUCAGAUCUGCGAGUAACUAGGGGACCACCCUACCAUCUAAUUAAUCAUUUGCAUAUUGGCAGCAGCAUGAAGAACCACUAAAGUCUCCCACACAAGACAUUGAGAUAGGAUUCGUAACAAUGUCUCUCAAUUAUAAUGACGGGAUUAUUAAUACGGGCUACCAUGAUUCUGACACCAUGGAACUAGAUAGAGGACAGUAUGGGAGACCAUCUUCGAGGCAGAAAUCGACAUUCAACCACAACCCCUAUGGUCCCAAUGAUGAUGAUGUUGGCUAUCAACAAGAACCAACAGAAUGGAGAGGAGGGAGGGGAUUUUUGUCUAUGAACUCUGUGCAGCCAGAGUUUGAUUAUAACCGAGAAAUUCCAAGAUAUUCCGAUUCCAGGAAUAAUCCUUACGAAGGUCAAAUUAAUCCCGUCUUUCAACAUGAACAAGAACCAUCUUACUUUGGCCAAAGCUAUGAAAGGCCACUGCACAUGGACAAUGACCCUUCAGAAGGAGAUACUAAUGUGCGACGACGUUCUAAGAAGCAAUCCUUCCUUCCCAUGCAAACCUUAAAUACGGCCACUCCUGAUUCUUCCCCGGAACAACAUGCAGGGCACAAUUACACUCAAGAAAAUGAAAACCUUGUUGGAAAACUUACAGAAAUGUCUAAUGAUGACAUUGACAAAGAAAUCCGUAAAAUUCAAAGAUCUCUAAAUGACAAGCGAGUCCUCAGGAAUCAAGUAAUUAAGAUAAAACAGAGAUCUGCAAAAGGGUCAUCUGGGGACUGCUGCUCUGGGUGUAUUUAUAGUGUCAAAAAGACAUUCCGAAAAGCGAAGCGUUUUGCCUCAGACGUUUCCACAGCAUUUAAACUCUGGCAUAGCACUCUGAAAGUCAUAGAAGGGAAAUUUGGAACCAGUAUCCUAUCCUAUUUCAUUUUCCUGAGAUGGCUUCUGGCUUUCAACAUCUUUUCAUUCAUUAUCAACUUCAGUUUUAUAACAAUUCCACAGUUUUUUGAUAUGAGCCAAAACAAUUUAUCAUUUUCUGGCCUGGAGCUACUUACUGGAGCUGGCUAUUUUGAAGAAACCAUUUUGUACUAUGGAUUUUACACAAAUUCUACAAUCCAAAAAGAAGCCAAUCUUGCUCCUUAUAAUAUGCAGCUGGCAUAUAUAUUCACCAUUGGACUGUAUCUGGCAACCUGCUUUCUAAUCUUGCUCUACAGCAUGGGAAAAUCUUAUCGCGAUCAUUUCAUUAAUCCGUCUUCAUUCUCUGGAAAUGCUGCCAAACUUCUAUGUAGUUGGGAUUUCAGCAUAACCAAUAUAAAGGCAGUGGAUUUAAAGAAAAAACAUCUUAGCACACAAAUAAAGGAAACCCUAUCGGAAAAAUUAAUGGAAAAGCUGAAAUUGACACUAAAAGAGAAGAUUGCACGCUUCAGUAUCCAUGUGGCUGCGUGGAUUAUAUCCACUGGGAUUGCAGUCGGUUGCUGUGCGGGUGUAUAUGAACUCUGCACUAUAGUCGAUGGCGUGCAGACGAACAUUACUGUACCUCUGACGAAGCAAGCAUCUACAUUAGUGGUUCCAGUGGUCGUUUCUCUCAUCAAUCUUUUAGUACCUCUAGUCUAUGCAACGCUUGGCCUAAUGGAGACCUAUAAAUACCCACGGCAUUACAUCUAUGCAGUAAUCAUAAGGAAUGUUCUCCUGAAGAUUUCCAUCAUUGGCAUUUUGUGCUACUAUUGGCUCAACUAUGUUGCAAAAUCAGAUAAGGAAUGUUGGGAAUCAUACGUUGGGCAAGAUAUUUACCGUUUGGUGGUGAUCGAUUUCUUGUUUGCUUUGAUGGGGUCCCUCUUUGGAGAACUUGUGCGCAGAAUAAUUGGAACCCAUUGUUGCAAGAAACUGGGAAAACCAGAAUUUGACAUAGCCAGGAAUGUCUUAGAUUUGAUCUAUGCCCAGACGUUGGCAUGGAUUGGAAUUUUCUUCUCACCUCUACUCCCGUUAAUCCAGAUGACAAAACUUUUCAUAAUAUUUUACUUGAAAAGGGUCAGUCUAAUGGUGAACUGCAUCCCACCACGUAGAGCCUGGAGAGCUUCUCAGAUGACCACUAUAUUUAUUUUUCUUCUUUUCUUUCCUUCGUUUGCUGGAGUUCUCUGUGUUAUUGGAGUGACUGUCUGGAGGACUCAUCCUUCAAAAACGUGUGGGCCUUUUCAAACUCUGGAUACACCUUAUGAAUCGAUUACCAACUGGGUGGCUACCAUAAAUUUCUUUGUAAAUGCAAAAUGGAUCGUAUGGAUAUAUAACAACAUAGUGACAAGUGUUCUCUUCUUCUACAUCCUAACUUUGAUUAUUUUAAUCAUCUCCUAUCUCUAUAUGCAAAUCGUACGAGGUCGGAAGAUAAUGGUGAAACACUUGCUAGAGCAGAUUGGCAAUGAAGGAAAUGAUAAAGUUUUUCUACUCAAAGAAUUACGGAAAACUCACAAUUUACAUGCAGCACCCGUAAUUGUCCCUUACGAGAAACAGUCUCCACCUUCCCAAGGAGUUCAAGAGUUUCAUAUUGCCAAUGAAUCAAAGACAUCUUUACAGAGAAGUGGAAGCAUUGGUGCUACAGAUGCCCUUGCACUUGCCAUGAUGGCUAGGCAUGAAGCAGAGCUGGAAGGGGAUACCCAAGCAGCAAACGAGCGAAACCUCCGUGCCAGUCGUGGAAAAUCAGAUGCUAUGGCAAUGAUAAUGAGAGCAAGGCAGGAAGCCGAAGCAGAGGCCACAGGUCAAUCUGGAACUUCAGAAGCUCUGGCAAUGGCAAUGAGAGCAAGGCAACAAGCUGAAAUGGACCGGUAGCCACUCAGCAAAAAUAAAUUCAGCACUUUGACUCGGAUGAAUGACCUGGUGGCAAUUUUAAACUAAAUGACUGAGACUCGAGACACAAACUUAAGCAGAUGUCCGUUAAAUGACGUUAAAUAAUCUACUGCAGCACAUAUGUGUUUUUAAUGCCUGUAAAUGAGUAUUUUUUGUAUACAAUGCAUUCAUCUAUAAUUAAUUUUGUAGACUUUUAAUGUCUCACGGAAUAAUGAGGACAUGUUGUUUACAAGGAAUUCUAUGACUUUUACAGGCAAGCAAUGUACCAUUAAACCUCCGAUCCCAACAUGCUGUAAAUUAACUAUUAAUUUUUGUAUUAUAACUAUAGUAUUUAUUAAAUCAGAUACAUUUUGAUGUA